AAGGACACAGGAGGCGCCGCUAGCUUGGUACACCCAGUUCUAUGGAACGUUGCUGGCCAAUCAGCGGCUGGGGUGCCGGUCAGCUGAUGCGGAGUGUGAAGCGCGUGUACCAGGGAUAGGACGGAGGUUCCAGUGUCCGCUACAGGGAAUAUCUGGUGGUGGAUGUACCGUGUAUGGCGACUGUUCCCUGGUAACGUUCCGCUGCUUCAUAUGAUAGGAGACUGGAACCGAGAAAUGAAUCGCAUCAAAGGGAGCGCGGAGUGCAGAGAGGGGUGAUGUCCUGACACGCUUCAGAUCAGUGUCUACAGCAACAGUGAGGAGGAGAUACUGACAUUUCUCCACACUGAGGAAGCAUAUGAAGGAGGAGAGAGUCCCACUUUUCCCUGCUGAAAUACAACUCAGAACUCAGAACAUGGGGGUGACCGUCCACGCACUCAUCACACAUUCCCUUGUGGCCCUAUUUGGCAUGGGCUCCUGGGUGUCUGUGAACUCCUUGUGGGUGGAGCUUCCUGUUGUUGUGAACGAGCUUGCAGAAGGUUGGAACCUGCCCGCCUACCUGACUGUGCUGAUUGCCCUAGGAAACAUUGGCCCGCUGGCCGUCACACUUAGUCAUCGCCUGUGCCCACCUGGCCGUGUGUCUGAGCCGUGGCUGAUUCGCUCCAUCCAUGGACUGAGCCUCCUGUCUGCGGCCUUCCUGGCUGUGUUCUGGAACCGGCGUGUGCUGGUGGCCGGGGCGGAGCACAGCGUGCCGUACCUGCUUCUGGCAUAUCUGCUGUCCCUGGGCUGUUGUACCUCUAACGUCACCUUCCUGCCCUUCAUGUACCGUUUCCCCCAGCAGUACGUGCGCAGUUUCUUCAUCGGGCAGGGCCUCAGUGCGCUGUUUCCCUGCGUGCUUGCGUUGGGGCAAGGUGUCGGGCGACUGGAGUGCAGGAAUAACACCUAUAACAACGCCAGCGAGCCCCACUACAUGCCCAUAAACUUCUCUGCCGCCUCCUACUUCUGGGGACUCUUUUCUCUGCUCGCUGUGUCCGCCCUGGCGUUCGCCUUCCUGCUAGUUUGGCAUAAAAGAGCCACAAAGGAAUCAGGGCAAGAACUUGGCGCAGAGAUAGUUCAACAGGACGGGGAGAGAUCCGAAGACUCCAAUCCCUUGAGAAGUCCUGAGGAGGAGAAGGCCCGGGACCCCGUGGAAGUGGAGGUGCGGACGUUCUGGACAUCCCGUAAUAUCUACCUGCUGCUUCUGCUGGGAGUGUCCAAUGCCCUGAGCAACGGGGUGCUACCUUCAGUGCAGACCUACAGCUGCUUACCCUAUGGGGCCGACGCUUACCACCUGUCUGUCAUACUGAGCAACAUUGCCAAUCCAGCCGCGUGCUUCAUCGCCAUGUGUGUCCUGUGCAGGUCCUCUCUGGGUCUGGGGCUGGUCAUGGCUGCGGGAGUACUGAUCGGAGGGUACCUGAUGGUUUUGGCUGCUCUCAGUCCCUGUCCCCCGCUGAUAGGCAGCACAGCUGGUGUUGUCUUAGUGGUGCUGGCCUGGUCCCUCUUCAUGGGUCUCUUGUCCUACCUGAAGGUGGUGAUAGGAAGCUUGCUGCAUGAAGCUGGACACAGUGCCCUCCUGUGGUGCGGAGCUGUAAUCCAGACUGGCUCGUUGAUCGGGGCCCUGCUGAUGUUUCCCAUGGUCAGCGUUUACCAGCUGUUCCAGAGUGGGCGAGACUGCCAGGACAGCUGUAGUCUCUGAGAUGUUGCCUUCGCCUCUCACACCUUUAGUGUGCUGUCUCGUAUCUCUCUAUGUUCUCUCUCAGGAUCUUUUUAUAUGAUUAAAGCAAAACUUUGCCGCUCAUAUUUGUCUGACUGCGUCAUUCACUGGCACAUGUAGAAGAAAUAACUCCACGGUCUUGAUCCACGUCAAAGGCGCGGUGCACACGCAAGUGUGUGAAUGAGCCCCAGUUUGGAUAUUUCACACUCUUUCUUAAGGAAUUUGCUACAGCAAAAAUUAAACACUAAACAUUUAAAUGUAUCGUCUUCUUUUUUUUUUUUUUUUUUUUUACUGAUACGUGGCCCUGCCGAUAACCUGGGCUAGACUUCCACAUGUGUGAUUGGGGGGCAGCUGUAGUGGAUUGGCCAUAGGGUUCACAGGGAAGAUUCCCGGUGGGCCGACGCACCCGUGGGGCCAGUUUUGUUUGAGGACAUGUGGUCCUUUUUAUAGACAUAAUGAAUAAGAUGCUAAAUAAUUUGCAUAUAUGAAAAUGACUUUGCCACUUAGCCUGUGAUUGCAGAUGAUCUAGUGUAUGCUCUGUCUGCCUGCUUGGCUGACAUAUAAGAUUGAGUGAAUAGUGAUUGGGAUACGGUUGGUGUAAUAAGCAAGAAAAUAUAUCUUUCUAAAGAAUGAUAUAGUUUCCUAAAUUCUGAAGGUGUAUCAUAUAAUGUGCUCAUAAUAUUUAAUUUUAUUUAUUUUUAACUUCCCCCUUGAUGCUGGACAUCCCCACUAUCUGGGAAGUCUUGAGGGGAGGGUGCUGCUGCCAUGUCCCACGGCUAGACCGUACACCUCUGGUGCUGCCCAUGUGGGGCCACUAGUACAACUUUUUCCAUAGCCGCUUUUUGUUACCAAUCCGCCCCUGGCUCCCACCCACGUCACUUCCCACUAUGAGUACACUAUGGAAACGGUGCAUUCGGCUGUGCUCUAAGAAGUGCAUCUGAAGACUUUAUAAAGGGCAAAAAUAUCUAUAUAUACAGCGUUGCUUUGCUGUAAUUCUGUACACUGGAACUCAGGUACAGGAUGUAAGGUGCUUCUAGAUUGUUACCUUUGUCCUAACGGUUGCCAAGAAAGUCAUCCUGAAAUCCUGGACAGUCCCCACCCCCUUACCCCCUCCUAGGCACGCUGAAGUCUAUGUUGUGUCUGUUGUUACACUGUGAUCGCAGGCUCACAUCGCAAGAUGGUAUUAUCGGUUGCGGUGCUGUAAGAAGUCAGGGUUAUAUAUUGAGACACUGGAUUCCCCAAGUUCACAUCCUCCAGUUGAGACAACAACUUGGUCCCUGUAUAGACCACACAGAUCAUACACUGCCCCUGUCUAUGUGGGAACCUGGGAGGGAGGGGGUGCCGGAGGCCGCAGAACCUGCCUGUGCUCCCUGGACGUAUAGGAAUGAAGCGCUGUUACUUCUGCCAUUGUUCCUGAUUUUAUGUCUUUCCUUCCUCUGUAUUUUCUGCUCUGUGUAUUAGUAUCUGCUGAUUUGUGUGACGACUUUAUCAUUAAAUUGUCCUUUCAUUUGUAAGUCCAUUAUAUUUCAGUUACGGACAACUCUAAUGUUGGAAUUUUGUGUUUUACAUCUGAGAUUACUUUGCUUUUGCGUUGUAUGUGCCAUAUGUAUAGUCCCGGUCCCAGAUGUUUUUGUAACCCGUUAUACCACUUUACACCAAUAAAAGCAAAAAUUGUUUCUAUAAAAAA